AAAUUAUUGAAGUCUAAGUGAACGUUGCGUUGAAAAUUGGAUUAUUAACGGGUUUUUUCCAAAUUUGUGUUUUAAGUGUAUGUGUUUGUGUUCAAAUUGAGAAGUUUUAAGUUCCUGGUAACUGCAAAUUCAUUUAACUACGGCAAGUAGUAGAUGCCGGACAACCUUCUUAUACCUAUAAACUACAUAGUAAUGGCGGAAGCCGAACCCGACCUCAGCACCUUUGAAAAUAAAACAGGUCUAGCCGAAGACAUGAAGUUCCUGGCGUCCAUGCCGGAACUUUGUGACGUCACCUUCCUCGUCGGAGAUACCCGGGAACCCGUUUGUGCUGUGAAAGCUGUCCUCGCUGCCAGAUCCCGAGUCUUCCACAAAAUGCUAUACCAAGCCCCUAGUCCACAACGUAAGAAGGAUCCUCCACCAAGAGAAAACAAACUCCGACUAUUUUUGAAGAGAUCUUCUGAACCUCUGCUCAAUCUACAAAAUGCUACCCAACAACCCACUUCGCAGCAACAUCAAACACUCAUCAUUGAAGAAUUCGAACCUGACGUGUUCCGACAACUGAUAGAGUACAUUCACACAGGAUGCGUAACUUUACAACCCAGAACCCUUUUAGGUGUUAUGAAUGCAGCAGACUACUACGGCUUAGAUGAACUACGACGAGCAUGUGCUGGUUUUGUUCAGUGUUGUAUAAACGUGGAUACUGUCUGUGCCCUAUUGGCUUCCGCUGAGAGGUAUAUACAGUACAAAUGCACAAAAUCUCUUGUUCAGAAGGUUUUAGAAUUUGUUGACGAACAUGGAAAUGAAGUAUUAAAUUUGGGAUCAUUCACUCUACUACCUCAGCAUGUUGUUAGACUUAUUUUAGCUAGAGAAGAGCUUCAGGCAGACGAGUUUACAAAAUUUCAAGCAGCACUUAUGUGGGGUAAGAAGUACUGCGACAAUAAUCCCCUUACCAACAUAAAGGAACUGAUUGGAAACUUCCUGGACUAUAUACAAUUUCAUAAAAUUCCGACAAAUAUUCUUAUGAGGGAGAUCUAUCCUUUAGGCUUGUUACCAGACGAUAUUUUUGUAAACGCCCUAGCGUUUCAGUAUGCUGCAGGAACCCUGACGAAUAUUUAAAGUCCGGCACUGGAAUUAAUAAACUUAAAAUGCCAACAGAAGUUGACAAAUGCUACUACUACAUUCUUAUUUUAAAUUAUGUU